AGCAGCUCCCGGAUCAGAGCACGUGGCCACACGCGUCAGCCACGUGGCGCAAGUGACGUGGGAUUAAAAGUGGAGUGGAGCGCCCCGCCGCGGCUGGCUUUGAGCCAAACAAACGGCACAAACCCCCUAGUACUAUACUAUUACACAUUCCCGUCUUCAGCACCCAGCCACGCCCCCUCUUCCCAUCCCAUGUCCGCCCUCCAACCCGGACCCCUCGCGCCACCCUGCCCGCCCCGCCCCCUGCACGUCCACGGCAACUCCACAUGGACAGACGACGAGGAUCUCUCAUCGGAUGACGACGAGGCCGUCUUCUUCGGCGCCCACAAACCGGAAGAAGUCCACCUGGUGGCAAAGCUCUCGGCUGCCGUCCAAUCACCAGCUCCUUUUAUUCCCAGGGUCAAGAAGCGGGAUUCGCGAGAGUUUCUGAGAAGAAAGACCUUGCUUCUGCCAACAGACAAGAGAAACCAGAAGAACCUCAACCUCUCGGCGCAAGAUUCAGCGAGGCUCUAUCCAUCACAGUGGAGCGACGAUGAAGGGUCCUGCUCGACACCCGCCAGAUCCGGCCAUCCAGCAUCAGCAUCGACGCCCAGUCAAGCAGGACAAGAUCCGUCAGACCUCACUCUAAAGUUUGAAACAUGGCACCUGUCCACACCGCGGGACGACGAGUCCGAGUCAGCAGAGGAAGCGAGCGAUAAAGAAAAUGUCCCUGUUCCACCUUGUGCUGGCGUGCAAGGGCCUGUAGACGCAGUCCCGCUAGACGAGCUUUACAUGGAAAGACAAGGCAUACUGGACCUGCAAGGCAGCGACCAAGACAUCCCGCAGCUCAACAUGGGCGGACUGCAUCUGUCCGACUUUUCAGAUCAAGAAUCAGGCGCGAUAUUCCAAGGUCUCGAUAUCCUCGACGAGUUUUACCUCGAGCAUGUCGCCGAGGAACAUCGCUCGCCUGAGCAUCCAAGGUCAUCGACACCCUUGCAAUCAGACGAAUCAAACCCGUUGGAUUUCGACUCCCCACUGGAAGUAGCUCGUGCUGGUCCGGUUGCCAUUCCAGUCCUCUCCUCGCAUCACUUUGCUUCUAUCCGGGCAGACGUUGGUUCACCGUGUCGUAAUCUCCCGCCAUCUCCCAUACUCAGCGCCCCCGUAGAGCAAGAGACUACCUCGGUCAAACUGGCAAGCCUCGAAAGCCCCACUCACCAGCCAGCCAGCUUGUCCAUCGCGACCCCAUCCCGCGCCACGGCGUUACCCCCUGCCGACCUCGUCCAACGCGGCGCAAAAACGCUCAAAGCCUCUACAACAAAACAUGCCCCUCCUCCCCCUGCAGUAGACACCAAGAAGGCGGCAGCCUUGAAGAGCGCAAUCAGAGGCCAGUUGGAUUCGGCCGUGUUGGCUAGGAUAAACCCGGGUGCACCAAAAAGCGUAUCAGGAUCGCAUACGACUUCCUCCGCCAGAGUCGUUUCCGAGAAUUCUGUCAUCGAAGCGACGGAGAAGCCCAAACAAACCCUACCGCCACUCCAACCGAGACCCGAGCCGAGACUGGUCAAGAAACCGCAUCCCAUCUCCAGACCGACUAUCCCCUUAUCAUCCUCCGUCAACCGCACCAUCCCCAGACCCGCGUUAGCCAGCAAAACGGCAUUGCCCCGGCCUAAAUCCACCUUGCCUACCAAGACGACAAGCAUGCUCCCACCCCCAUCUUCAAUCCCGCUCAAGCGCCCAGCGUCUUCUCAGACGCAUGCCACGAGACACCCGACUGCCGUCCCCCUGUCCGUCACCCGUCCGUCGCAUGCCCAUCCGGCUGCCACGUUUGGCAAACCGCUGCUCGGCCAGCCUGCCCGUGUAUUCCGAGAAGCAGCUACGCCCCUUGAGAUAACGCCCGUCUUUUCAGUCGCAGCGGGAGGAGAUCAUUCGACGAUGAGUAUGAGCAGGAUCGCACUCAAGUCGCCAGCAAAGCAGAAUAUGUACAAAAAGCCGUUGGGUGAAAAUCAUACCCCAAGAAAGCUCGGGACGCCAAUGAGGUUUGGGACGCCGAGGUUUGGUACGCCGAGGUUUGGUACGCCGAGGUUUGGGACUCCGCGACAGGGGCAAGGGAUGUUCCCGCUCUCGCUCUCCAUGGGUGUUGGCUGUGCCGCUCUGGCCCCUACUCCCUUAUCAGCCUCCGUCCAUCCGCCCAUCACCGCCCUCCAAACCAACACCGCCCCGCCGCCCAAAGAAACCGUGCCCCCCGUACCAGAACCAGUGGAUGAUAGCCCUCCCGCCAGCCACACACGACAUGCAGAAGCCGCCGCCGACGCUACGUCAGCCGACACUACCUCAACCCCACCUUUUUCCCCGCCGCAAAGCUCUACGAGGUCGUCUGGCACAAUGAGUGAAUCUCGGACCGAGCAGCAGGUAUCAUCUCAACCCGCAUCUUCUUCCCCAUCACCCAACCGCCCAGCCCGCUCCAAACGGUCCACCUCGUCAUCCACCAAAUCCGCCAAACCCUCUAAACGCCCCACCACCACCACCCCCACCCCCACCGCAUUCCCCCCCGCUCUGACCGAGAAACAGCUCAAGACGACCACCGCCCGCAAUACUGCACGCAACCAAGUCUACCACUGCGCCAUUGACCGGAAAGUCAUCCGUCAACGCGGUCCACGGCCGCCCAGCCCCACGUCCAAAAUCCGCACAACCUCGGAGAGAGAUGAGGCCGAUAAGAAGAAUAGCCGCGAAGCCCGUGCGAAGCGAAGGAUGGGGAUACAGAGCGGCGAGGAGGAAAAGGAAAAGGACAAGAAAAAGGAGAAGCCGGUGAUUGAAAAGCUGGAGCUGGUGAAAGCGCCAGGGGACGAUGAUGAUUGGACGUACAAGACGCCGCCGCCCCAUCGGCCUUUGAAGCGAGCGAGGAGGACAAGCGAAGCAAAAGAUCAAGGCGAGAAGGAGGAGGAGAAGAAAAAGUUGAGAUGGGAUAGGGUCGUCUCCGUGAUUAGGGAUGAUGGAAACGCGAGUGGGAGUGCAAAGUCGUUGUCGGACGAUGGGAAAGAAAGGGAUGGUGAAGAGUUGAAAAGCUGUAUCAAGACGAAAGUACCUCUUGACGAGCAUGGCAAUGUGUUGGAUGCUCAAAGACCUGUUGAUAAUCUCAAAAGAACAAGAGUCGUGGUUACCGCAGUUUUUUAUGACGGAGAAGAACAUGUUCCUGCACCAGCAACAGCUACGCGAUCGAAGAAGAAGUAAUUGUUUUUUUUUUCACGAUUGAACAAGGUGACUUGUUACCGAUUAGGACGUUUGAUUUUUUCAUAGUUGACGGUUGUACUAUAAUUUCAUGUCUUUUAUGCAUGCUAAUUAGG